ACGAAACUAUAAAAGCCACUUGCUUCCCUCUCUCGGGGGUGUCGUUCAUCAACCGUCACCUACAAUUUCCUUGAAUAUUGUGUCCUGGUCCUACCGUGUUGGAUAAAAUAAUAUUUUCCUUGAGGAUAACUAUCGACAUAAAGAUAUAAAGUAACGUUUUUACACAAGGACUAUAAAAAUGCGGAGACCAUCUACUUUUCUCCAUAUUUUGGAGAUUUUAGUAUUUACGCUUAUAAUUGCUUUUGAGCUAACGUCUGGAAACGUAAAAUAUGUUAACUAUAAAGUAUAUGAAAAUAAGGAUGUAGAAAUGUUUAAUAAACUUGCUGUAAACGUGCAAACCGGAAAAGUGUAUAUUGGGGCAGUUAAUAGAAUUUUUCAAUUAUCUAAAGACUUAAAAUAUCAAGAAUCUGUGGAAAUGGGACCAAGAGAAGACAGUCCAAAUUGUCCGGUUACAAGGGUGUGUCCAAAUGAACAAAAAUCAUCAACCAAUUAUUAUAAUAAAGUGUUAGCGAUAGAUUAUUCUCAAAGCAAAUUGAUAGCAUGUGGAAGUCUUUUUCAGGGAGUUUGUACAUCACAUGAUGUAGAAAAUGUGACUUUAUAUGAAACUCCAGCUAAUGAAUUUGUAGUGGCAAAUAACUCAACUGCAUCCACUGUAGCAUUUAUUGCUCCUGGUCCAGAAGACUUAUCUCGUAGUCAUGUUCUUUACGUUGGUGUAUCAUACACUGGAAUUGGACUUUACAAAUCUGAUAUACCAGCCGUCAGCAGUCGAAGUUUGGAUCCUGCAAACAUGUUUGCAAUUGCAUAUACAGGUGUCACAACUGGAACUAAAAUUAUGAUUAAUAGCAUGUCGCGUGAACAUUAUCCCGUUAAAUAUGUAUUUGGAUUUAGCGCAAAAGGAUUUUCAUAUUUUAUAACUGUACAAGGAAACCAGACAUCGCAUCCUAAACCUUUUAUUUCAAAACUGAUUCGCAUUUGUCAAAAUGAUGUACAUUAUUAUUCCUAUACAGAAGUACCUCUUGAAUGUCGAGCUGAUGACGGAACUCAUUAUAAUCUUGCUCAGGCAGGAUAUGUUGGUCAUCCUGGAUCAGAACUUGCUGCGAGUUUAGGUAUCACUACCCAAGAUGAUGUUCUAUAUGUUGUUUUUGCAAAAUCUAAAAGUGACAGUGAUACCUACUUUAAGCCUAGUGCCAAUUCUGCAUUGUGUGUUUAUGCAUUAUCUGCUAUCCAUCGAAAAUUUACUCAAAAUAUUCAAAAUUGUUUUAAUGGAGUUGGUCAACGAGGAUUGGAUUUCAUUAAUCCUAGUCAACAAUGUUCACAAACUCAAGUUCAAAUUGAUGAUGACUUUUGUGGUUUGGAUAUUAAUAACCCACUAGGAGGAACUAUUCCAGUUAAGACAUCGCCAAUUGUACAAUAUAAUGGGGUUUUAUUGACAGCUGUUUCAGCAAUGCCUGCAUAUGACAAUACUGUAGCAUUUCUAGGUACAUCAACCGGACAUUUAAAAAAGGUUAUAAUUGAAUCUGCAACAGUAGCAAAUGAGUAUAGCGAUAUUACAGUUGAUGAAGGAAGUGCUGUCAACCCUGAUAUGCUGUUUGAUAAAGAACAAAGUAUUUACGUCAUGACAAAAAAUAGAGUAACGAAAAUGAAAGUACAAGAAUGCCUCAAUUUUAAUACUUGCGAUGAUUGCAUUGGUGCAAAUGACCCAUUUUGUGGAUGGUGUACAAUACAAAACAAAUGCAGUUUACGUGAAGAAUGUGCUGGUAUUUCUCAAGAAACAAUUGAUUGGCUAUCCUAUAAACAUGACAAAUGUAUAACAAUAACCAAAAUUCAUCCAGAAAGUAUCCAAAGUACAACUGCUCGAGUACUUUCUCUAACAGUUAAUAAUCUUCCCGUGUCAGAAGAUAAAUUAUUCUGUGCAUUCAAAGUUAUAGAUCGAACUAUAAUACGAACUAUAAUAACGAAUGCUACAAGAACAGCUUCUGGUGUUACGUGUGCAACUCCAAACACAUUUUUUAUUCCGCCUAUUCCAUCUGGUCAUCAUAAUCUCAGAUCUAGGCUGUAUAUCGUAGAUGAAAAACAAAUCAAAUAUACAUCAACGAAUUUUACCUUUUUUGACUGUACGACGUAUACUUCCUGCACGCAAUGUGUUUCAAGUCCAUUUCCGUGUAGUUGGUGUGUUGAAGGUCAUCGAUGUACACAUAAUAUUGAUGAAUACUGUCGUAAUGACAUAAUUAUAACUGGUUCUAAUAUAGGUCCAAGCUUACGACCAGGUCCUGAGUUUUGUCCUCGGAUUGACAUAACGAAUGGAGAUUCAUCUUCGAUAUUAGUACCUUAUGGACAAAAGAAGAAAAUUCAAGUCAAAGUAAAAAAUAUAAUGCAACUUAUUGUGCAAACUAGAUUUGUCUGCCGCGUUAAAAUUGAAGAUCGGGUUUACCAAGUCAAUGCUCAAAUUCUUGGUGAUACCAUAUAUUGUGAUGUGAUAACGUUUUCUCAUGAAAUACAAUCAGGAAAUGCGACUGCAUCAUUUUAUGUUAUAUGGGAUGGUUCAAAACCUUUAGAUAAUCCAAAGAAUAUCCAUGGUAAGUAUGUCUAUAUAUUUGUACAGUGGUCUGAGCUGUUCUAUAUUUGUUACAUAUUUUUUGUAUAUCUUACAUUUCCUAUAAAAUUACCUUUUUGUCAAAAUGAUGUACAUUAUUAUUCCUAUACAGAAGUACCUCUUGAAUGUCGAGCUGAUGACGGAACUCAUUAUAAUCUUGCUCAGGCAGGAUAUGUUGGUCAUCCUGGAUCAGAACUUGCUGCGAGUUUAGGUAUCACUACCCAAGAUGAUGUUCUAUAUGUUGUUUUUGCAAAAUCUAAAAGUGACAGUGAUACCUACUUUAAACCUAGUGCCAAUUCUGCAUUGUGUGUUUAUGCAUUAUCUGCUAUCCAUCGAAAAUUUACUCAAAAUAUUCAAAAUUGUUUUAAUGGAGUUGGUCAACGAGGAUUGGAUUUCAUUAAUCCUAGUCAACAAUGUUCACAAACUCAAGUUCAAAUUGAUGAUGACUUUUGUGGUUUGGAUAUUAAUAACCCACUAGGAGGAACUAUUCCAGUUAAGACAUCGCCAAUUGUACAAUAUAAUGGGGUUUUAUUGACAGCUGUUUCAGCAAUGCCUGCAUAUGACAAUACUGUAGCAUUUCUAGGUACAUCAACCGGACAUUUAAAAAAGGUUAUAAUUGAAUCUGCAACAGUAGCAAAUGAGUAUAGCGAUAUUACAGUUGAUGAAGGAAGUGCUGUCAACCCUGAUAUGCUGUUUGAUAAAGAACAAAGUAUUUACGUCAUGACAAAAAAUAGAGUAACGAAAAUGAAAGUACAAGAAUGCCUCAAUUUUAAUACUUGCGAUGAUUGCAUUGGUGCAAAUGACCCAUUUUGUGGAUGGUGUACAAUACAAAACAAAUGCAGUUUACGUGAAGAAUGUGCUGGUAUUUCUCAAGAAACAAUUGAUUGGCUAUCCUAUAAACAUGACAAAUGUAUAACAAUAACCAAAAUUCAUCCAGAAAGUAUCCAAAGUACAACUGCUCGAGUACUUUCUCUAACAGUUAAUAAUCUUCCCGUGUCAGAAGAUAAAUUAUUCUGUGCAUUCAAAGUUAUAGAUCGAACUAUAAUACGAACUAUAAUAACGAAUGCUACAAGAACAGCUUCUGGUGUUACGUGUGCAACUCCAAACACAUUUUUUAUUCCGCCUAUUCCAUCUGGUCAUCAUAAUCUCAGAUCUAGGCUGUAUAUCGUAGAUGAAAAACAAAUCAAAUAUACAUCAACGAAUUUUACCUUUUUUGACUGUACGACGUAUACUUCCUGCACGCAAUGUGUUUCAAGUCCAUUUCCGUGUAGUUGGUGUGUUGAAGGUCAUCGAUGUACACAUAAUAUUGAUGAAUACUGUCGUAAUGACAUAAUUAUAACUGGUUCUAAUAUAGGUCCAAGCUUACGACCAGGUCCUGAGUUUUGUCCUCGGAUUGACAUAACGAAUGGAGAUUCAUCUUCGAUAUUAGUACCUUAUGGACAAAAGAAGAAAAUUCAAGUCAAAGUAAAAAAUAUAAUGCAACUUAUUGUGCAAACUAGAUUUGUCUGCCGCGUUAAAAUUGAAGAUCGGGUUUACCAAGUCAAUGCUCAAAUUCUUGGUGAUACCAUAUAUUGUGAUGUGAUAACGUUUUCUCAUGAAAUACAAUCAGGAAAUGCGACUGCAUCAUUUUAUGUUAUAUGGGAUGGUUCAAAACCUUUAGAUAAUCCAAAGAAUAUCCAUGUGCUAAUAUACAAAUGUGAAAAACUUGCAACAAACUGUAGAUCAUGUCUACAAUUAGAGUCUAAAUAUGAAUGUGGUUGGUGUUCAGAUGGUUUAGGAUCUUGUCGCAUUCGUGAACAAUGUAGUAGUUCUUUGCUAUCUUUGGAUGAUUACGAGAAAUGUCCUAUACGUCAAAAGUUCAUACCAUCAGGACCUUGGGAAAAUGGUGAAAACGUUAUAGUCACAGGAAUUAAUUUAGGACUUACGUUUACGGAUAUUAGUAGUAAUGGUAUAAAGAUUUUACAAAAUGAUGGAAAAAUAAUUGCAAAUUGUACACUUCACAAGGAUCUACAAGAAAAAAGAACGAUAAUUGCUUGCCAGAAUGAGAAAUUAAGAGUUGAUCAUCAUCACGAACACAUAGAUAAUAUAAUUUUUAAAAUACAAAAUAAAGAAAGUGGUUUAACCAAGUAUGAUUGCAGUGCUAUUAGUCCAAAAAUUGUGAACAUUACACCUUCUAUCGGUCCUAAAUCUGGUGGAACACAUCUGUUUAUUUGGGGAAAAUACAUGAAUAUUGCUGAAGCUGUUGAAGUAGAAAUAGGUGAUAUACCGUGUCAUGUUAUAAGAAGAAAAACAAAAGUUAUUGAAUGCAUUACUUCACCUUCCCAAAGCAUUACAAAAGAUAAUGUUAGAAUAAAGUUUGAUAAUGAUUUCAGAAUUUCUGAACAACAAUUUCAAUAUGUUGACAAUCCUAUAAUAACUUCUGUACGGUCUCAGUUAUAUGAUGAGAAAAACGUUCUUAAAGGUAUACCAAGUGGCGGUUUAACAAUAGAUGUAGAAGGCACUAAUUUGGAUGCAGUUGAAUCACCAAAGAUGUAUUUAAUCUUUGAAAAUGUAAAGUAUAGAAGUAACUGUACAGUAAAAUCACCAAAUGAAAUGAAAUGUGAAAGUCCCUCAAUACCUUAUGUUGUGAAAGAUGAAGAAGUUUUGCAACUAGAUUAUGGAUUUGAAAUGGAUAAUGUGGAAGAAGUAAAAAACAUGAGUAGCAAAAUUGGAUUUCAUAAAUUCCAAAUAUACCCUGAUCCUACAUAUUUAUCAUUUGAUGACAAAAACUGUAUAAAAAAUUUCAGAAGUGAUUAUUUAACGAUCUUUGGUAAAAAUCUAAAUUAUGCUUCUGAUGAGAUUGAUAUUUUUGUGCAAAUAGGCACCGAACAUUGUGUUAUUACUUCCAUUUCACGAACACAAUUGACAUGCCGACCACCAGCUUCCCAGCCUUCAGCAAUAAGAUUACCCGGUGCACUUGAUAAGGAAAACCUACCUGAAGUCACAGUUAAAGUGGGAAGCAAGUUAAAGUUUACAAUUGGAUGGUUGCGUUACACAGAAGACUAACGAGGAUAGUAUAUUGGAUCAAUUGAAUUACAUUUCUCAUAAUUCUUUCAUUUUUUUUAUUUUUUCAAUGUGAAAAUGCUUACCUAAACAGAAAAGAUAAUAGAAAUAUAUGUUUGUAUUUUAAAAUGAUAAAAUGUAUUGUAGUUUGUAUAUGAAAAUCCAGUUAAAAGCAAGUUUUGUUUAAUUUAA